UGUCACACAAUUCAGACAGCAAAAUCCCACACAAAUCCAACUUUUCAAGAUGAAAAAACAAGGCAAGGAAAAAUCUCAGACAAGUUUUCACUUCCUCAAACAUAAAUCCGUCGAACUUUUCAUUCUAUUUAGUUUUUGGCUGUGGUGUGCCGAGUGAAUCUGAAAUAUGCAGUACACGUGUAUAGGGACACAGAUAGGGACACAGACUACUGUGCUGGAGUAAAUCUGAAAUUUAUUGUAUGAAUAUACGAGACGCAGUUUACAUGGAUCGUCUAUUGAAAGGCGCGAGGGCGUCUGGAUCUCUCAACCUUUCAAAUCGUGCCCUCAAGGAAGUGCCACAUCAGAUUUACAAUAAUUUAGAUGCAAUUGGAGAAGGAGAGAAGUGGUGGGAGGCCGUGGAGCUACAGAAACUCAUAUUGGCUCACAACAGCAUCCAGACCAUUUCAGAAGACCUAGGAAAUCUCUCCUUUCUGACAGUUUUGAAUGUCAGUCAUAAUCAACUCUCUUAUCUUCCAGCCGCUGUUGGCCGGCUUACGAUGCUCAAAAUGAUAGAUGUUUCUUCCAACUUAUUAUGCGAAAUUCCUGAAGAGAUUGGUUCUGCGACUGCGCUGGUCAUACUGAACUGUGCAAGCAAUCAACUUACGUCCCUCCCAAUCAGUCUUGGCAAGUGCAUAGAGCUAACAGAACUUAAGGCAUCAAACAAUCACCUAACAGCUUUGCCAGGGGAGCUGGUACAUUGUUCAAAAUUGGUGAACUUGGAUCUGCAGGGUAAUAAGAUCACAGUAUUGCCUGACCAUUUGUUGUGCUCAUGGACUAUACUUAAAGAGAUAAAUGCUGCCAACAACAAUCUCACUGAGAUAUCUGGAUCAAUUGGAAAACUUUCACGACUUAUCCGUCUUGAUCUUCAUCAGAAUCGGAUUCCAUCAAUCCCGUCAGCAUUUGCUGGAUGCUCUUCACUUGCAGAACUUUAUCUAGGAAAUAAUCUCUUAUCUUCAAUUCCUGUGGAGUUUGGAGCUCUUUCAUCACUAGGAACAUUAGACCUUCAUUCUAACCAGCUUACAGAGUAUCCAGAAGAGGCAUGCAAGCUGCAGCUUUCUGUCUUGGAUUUAUCAAACAACUACCUUACAGGGUUGCCACCACAACUUGGCAAAAUGACCUCAUUGAGGAAGCUUCUAUUGGUUGGGAAUCCUUUGCGAACCAUACGAAGUUCGUUGGUUCUGGGUCCUACCCAAAAAUUGCUUGAGUAUCUUCGCAGUAGGCUGCCCACAGAUGAAGAAGCCAAAUCAAAUAUUGCUUCUUCAUCAAAUUUGUUUGGAGUUGAUAAUAAUGAUUGCAUUGCCAUAGCUUCUCGACAGGCAUUAUCUUCAAAGGCAUUAUUGAUUAGUGGGCUUGGCCUGGAAAGCAUACCAUCUGCAGCAUGGGAAUUGGGAGAACUAGUUAUGUUGGAUGUUUGUAAGAAUGGAAUCAAAGAGUUGCCAAAUGAGCUUUCAAUGUGUACUUCACUUGAGACAUUACUUUUGUCAGAUAACAGGAUAGAGAAUUGGCCUGGUGCUGUAGUUGCAAGUCUUCCCAAUCUUCAGUGUUUAAAGCUUGACAAAAACCCACUUGCCCAGCUCCCACAAGGUGCCUUUGUAGCAGUAUCAAGGCUUAAGAUUCUAGAUUUGAGUGGUAUUUCAGGUCCACUGCCGGAACCUCCUGCUCUAUCUGAUAUGCCCGAAUUGCAAGAGUUAUAUUUGAGGAGGAUGCAUUUAAAAGAAGUACCUUUUGAUUUAAAGAACUUGAGACAAUUGCGCAUUCUUGAUUUAAGUCAGAACUCUCUAUCUGAAAUUCCAGAGAGUUUCCAGCAGUUAACGUGUCUUGAGGAACUUGAUUUAUCUGACAACAACAUUACAAUGCUUCCCCCAGAGCUGGGACGUCUAGAUCUAUGCUUGAGGAGUUUGAGAUUGGAUGGAAACCCAUUAAGAAGCAUUAGACGAACUAUCGUGGUUCGUGGGACAAAGGCCGUGUUAAAGUAUUUGAAGGACAAAAUUGAUGAAGCUUAAUUAGUAUGAGAUUUGAUUGUCAAUUUUUGUGAUCCAUGUGGUAUGCAAGGGUAUGCAGUUGCUAGAACAUGCAACUUUGUUCACUGUUAGAUUUCAAAACUUCUUUGAACAUUUCAGAGGGAAAAAACAUUCAACAUGCACUAUAUGAGAAACAAAAUUGGAGACUGCUAAAAUUUUACUAAUAUUAUUUGUGUACCUGCAUAACGAGGUUCAUGUGAUGAAAUAUAAUACUCAGUCUAUUUUAAUGAAA